UGGAUGGUUCUGCUCACCCGACGAAUGUGCCAUAAGAACUUUACCUAAUCAUAGAUCUGAAGUGAUAUCUCGUCUUACUGGGAGAAACUCUGCUAUCCCUCCCCCUUCGGUUUGGAUCUACACUUCAUCACUACGAGAACGCUGCCGUUCUACUGUGCAGGUCAACUAUCUCUUCAAAGCCCUCGUCUUGAUAAUUCUGCUUCUGUGCAACCAAGACAGUUCAGCAGGAAGCAGCAGCAGGAUGAGCUGCAUACCAGCGUGCAGAACCAGGGAGGAGGAAGCAGAGGACCUCCUUGCGAAACACUUGCCUCUUCUGGCCGAGGUGCAGCAGCCGCCCACAGUGACGCUUGAUGAAAUCAUGAAGAUGAGUGAACUAUUUCCCGUACCUUUUCCAGCACACUCAGCCCGGCUCAAGACUUUGCUCAAGAGGGGCACGGAACACCAGGAGACCUUGGAGAAGCAGGUCAACUCAGCCUACCCUCUGAUACAUGCUCGUGUCCUGCCUCUCCUGGCAGCCUUCCUUCAUAACAAACGAUUGCACGGCAAGAAGAAAGAAAAAAGCUUGUACUCUUCUCUGAGCCUGCUGGACCUGGUCGACCGUUUGUUGAAGAAACGUCCCAUCGUCUUUUUCAACUCCAUUGACAACUACCUCCUGCGUGAUGGUACUGAGGGCUGCGACGGCUUCGAGGAAAUAGGUCACUCUCAUGAGCAACCCAAUUUGUGCCUGAAGGAUUACAUGACUUACGAUGAAAUGAAGCUAUCGGCUCUUUUAUGUGUGACAUCUGAGUCGACUUUUAUUAAUGAUGGUAGUCGACAUAACCGUGGAGUGCUGGGCGCCCCCGGUACUUACCAACCAGAAGGUGUUAUUGUUGGUAUGGUAGGUGCUAGGUUCGAGCGGGAAGGAGUCAUGGAAUGGCAGGACUGUGUUGUUACUCCUGAACAAAACACCCAGGAACGAGGCUAUGGCGAUGAUCCUCCGAAGAAACGGUGGCUGGUGAGAGAGUGGGGAAAAUUGUGGGGGGAGACACCUCUCCCCACAUGGAAGCAGGCUCAGGAUGCCCCAGAAAACAACUUCAUCCAUCUGUCUUCCAGAGCGUUGAUGAACGUGCAAGUGUAUCAGGCCCGCAUUAAGCUGUCAGCGGAGACCCUGCUGGCUGAAGCUGGCGUGCGUGCUGCUGCCGCUGGAUUGAAAGCCUAUGUGCAUGUUGUGGGACUUGGACUCGGAGUAUGGCUAAUUUCCUCGCAACAGAAGCAGCUCUAUGUGAAUGCCUGGGGUGAAGCAAUGAGAAAUACAGACACUACACACAUCGCCCACUUAGAUUUCAGCUGGAUUGAGGCGUCUUCGUGUGUAGGGGUGAAUGAUGGAGAGGUGUUUCCUGAUACCUCUGUCACAAUACACUUCUCCAGGAGGUGCCCGCAUGCUCCAGUCCCCGCCGGCACUCUGUUAGUUGCCACCUUCGCCUGGGACAGCAACUCCAUGCCUGGUAACGAGUACUGGAAAGGAAUGUUAUCGGCGUCUGGAGACCCAGCGGCCGCCUGCUCAUCUGGAGUUGCAGAAUUACACAAUGCUUUAAUCAAUCCUUGCGUAACGGCUCACAACCUGCACAUUGCGUCAUCUGGACGUGUGGAACACGUGGCAGAGUAUGCACGUCGGCUACUGAAUGAGCGAGUAGGUUCCAGCACAUCUGAGGAAAAGUAAUAAUGAGAAUUAAACCCAGCACAAGACGUAGUGAUGAAAAUUAAACCCAGCGCAAGACGUAGUGCAGGCUUGAUCCUCCGUCCUGUCCUUCCUAUUUGUACUCAAGGUGAUAUCAAGUUGAGUACAAAUAGGAAGCGCGUCUUUCUGGCUCACAGACGGAGGAUCAAGCCUCCACAAAGUCUUAGUGUGAAUUAUUUACUGUAUUUUCUGGUAUAUAAGACGCACGAGCAUAUAAGACUGUUUCCAAACAUUGUAAUCUAACGUUACUAAAUAACUGCUAAAGCCUAACCUAAAGCCUACCCAUGACCGUGAACUUGAGUAUAUAAGGCACAGGAUGAUUUUCCAAGACUUUUUGUUGGAAAAAUGAGUGCGCCUUAUAUGCCGGAAAUUAUGGUUUUGUAAGUUAAACUGGAAGCAUACAAGUAGUUGCUGCAACUUGAUGAGUCGCAUUAAUAUUACACGGACUCCACUUGUAUACCUGCCACUGGUGCAUCCCGAACUUACUCUUGUGUGCCGACUCCUCUACGUUGAUUCGUUGUUGAACAUUAAAAUGGUAUAAAAUACCGACAGAUUGUUAGGUAAGACACAUAUGCAACAGUUAGAUAUCUUUAUUUCGAAACGUUUCGCCUACACAGUAGGCUUCUUCAGUAGAGUACAGAAAAGUUGAUAGAAGCAGAAGAGACUUGAAGACGAUGUAAUCAGUCCAUCAGUACGCCGGUUCCUGUACGUGGUAUCAGAAUUGGAAGGAUGUUGCACGUUGAGGUUUUUUAUAUUUCCUUGGUAUCUCCUGCGAGUGGCAGUGUAUUUGAUGCUUGCUCAUAACUCAGAUUUUGGCUCUCAAUUCGAAGCAAAAAAUCCACCGAUGCUCGUAACUCGGAAAACCCGUAAGUUGAGGCACUCGUCAGUCGAGGUACCAAUGUAUAUAGACAUACAUAUAUAUGUCGUGCCAAAUAGGUAAGACUUGUGAUUGCCAAAUAAGUCAAGCGAAAAUUUAUUUGUAGUAAUUUCACAAAAAUCAUUCUGAACCUAACGAAAAAAAAAUUACAUUAUUAAAUUAUUGUAAACUUAUCUAAAAUAUAUUUAGUUGGAUUAGGCUAAAUUAAAUUGCGCUUGUUAUAAUGUCAGGUAAGUUUUCUAAGGUUCUUUUGGUACAAACUUAUUAAUUUUUAUAUUAACAUAAAUGAAAAAAAAAUCUAUAAACUUAUAAGAGAAAAAUUUAGAAAGGACUUAAUUUUAAAAGAGUUCUUGCUAAUUGAACAAUUUUACCUAUUCGGCACGACAUACGUGAGGUGAAAAAUAGGUAAUAGUAGUAGUAAUUGUGGUAGUAAUAGUAGUAAUGGUUGCAGUUGCUUCUGUGUCCAUUUACCUAAAUUAUAUAGGUACUUCUGCUGUAUUAUCCUCCGGGUUUAGCGCUUCCCCCUUGAUUAUAAUAAUAAUAUAGGUACUUAUAUCAUUAUUACUAAUAUCUUAGUUUAAAGUCAUUAUCUCUACCUAAUUAGCCAGUCAGGGAUCCUGUCAGCCGGUGAGAGAUGCUGAUUAUAAUUAAAUUAUCACCGAUUAUAUUUUUAGCUUAAUUAUUAAACUAAAUUAUUCAGUCAGUGACUGGUUUAAAAAUCUCAGGUGUCCCCUAACUCGCCUAUUAGUCAUAUGACCCGCAGCUGGAUCUUUUGGACAUCUGACCAAGACCUUCCACUGGCUUACCCCCUGGAGAUACUAAUCACGAUUAGCUAAGAAUGCGUUGUACUUAAUUUAUAUAGAAAAAAAUGUAUAUCAAAUUUAUAUGUAUUACAAUGUAUAUUUUACAAGCUUAUUUCA